UGUUGAUUUCUGUAGGGAGGUAGAGGCUGGGGUGUCCUACUUUGCCUUUUUGGUGCUGUAACUCCAUUCUCUUCAAGACUAUUCAAUGGUUUCAGUUACCCACAGUCAGCUGCGGUGCAGAAGCAGAUGAUCCUCCUUCUGAGCUAUCACCAGGAGGUCAGUAGUGGCCUAAUGCUACAACACGAUGCCUACAUCAUUCACUCCACCUCCUCUCAUCAUGUAGGCAUUUUAUCAUCUAACAUCAUCACAAGAAGGGGAAGGACAGAUCUCUGCCAUGUGGCUGUACCCGGCGGCCCUUGUGGGCCUGUGCUACCUCCUGCGCUGGUACCGGGAGAGGCAGGUGGUGAGCAACCUCCGAGACAAGUACGUCUUCAUCACAGGCUGUGACUCGGGCUUCGGGAAUCAGCUGGCCAGGCAGCUGGACCUGCGAGGCUUGAGGGUGCUGGCCGCAUGUCUGACGGAGAAGGGGGCCGAGCAGCUGAGGGACCGGACAUCAGACAGGCUGGAGACGGUGAUCCUGGAUGUGACCAAGACAGAGAGCAUCGCUGCAGCCACCCAGUGGGUGAAGGAGUGCACAGGGGACAGAGGCCUGUGGGGUUUGGUGAACAAUGCUGGCAUUGGUGUGCCAGCUGCACCGAAUGAAUGGCUGACCAAAGAUGAUUUCUUGAAAAUAUUGAACGUGAACUUGAUCGGCCUCAUUGAGGUGACCCUGAGCUUGCUUCCCCUGAUCAGAAAGACCAGGGGAAGAGUAGUCAAUGUUUCUAGCCCAGCUGGGAGACUAUCUGUGCUUGGUGGUGGCUACUGCAUUUCCAAGUUCGGUGUAGAAGCUUUUUCUGACAGCCUGAGAAGAGAGCUUUGUCCCUUUGGUGUUCGUGUUGCUAUCAUAGUACCCGGGAACUUUAAAACAUCCAUUUGCCCUGACAAUGUACAGGAUCUACUCAAGGGGCUCUGGAGCCAAGCGUCCCCAGAGGUGAAGAAGCGCUAUGGAGAUAAGUACUUCGAAGGCUAUUGCCAGUAUUACAAUAAACUCACAUCUCUAGGACAGAAGGAUCUGAGCCUGGUCACCAACUGCAUGGAGCACGCCCUGACCGCCGUCCACCCUAGUAUCCACUACUCUGCUGGCUGGGACGCCGUAUGCUUCACUCUCCCUCUGUCUUGUUUACCAACAUCUGUGGCGGACUUUAUUCUUAGUCUUUUUGCAAAUGCGGUCAGGCCCGCUGAUGCUGUGUAGUCUGCGAGUUCGGCCUACACAGCUGAUUUUAGAUGGGGGGCAAAAGGUCAGGUUUCCUCCUGGGAGGAGAAAGAACCAGGGGAACACGCAGCUGUCUACUUCAGCUGGUUCCUAGAGGCCCUGUCAUAUUUUAGUUCACAAAUUCCCAGAUAACUUCUCUCAAAAACUACUUGGUGAGCACCUCCCACGUUCCAGGCACAGUUCCAGGUGCUGAAGAUUCACGCACACCCAAAACAAAGAUUCCUGCCUCGUAGUACUCAGAUUCUGGCCAGAUCAUCCCAGUGCAGGAUGACUCUGCUGAGAGAAUUAUUAAAACUCAAAGGGCCAUGGGGUCUCUUAACUGCUGUAAAAGAUAUGUGCAAGGUCAUAGCUCCUAACUAGAAAAUCAUACAUGAUUGGUGACAUUGUAUUUCAGAUAUAAAUUCUUUUUCUUUAGCAGUUUUUUUUUGUACCUUGGCUUUCUGAAAAUUAAUCAUUAAAUUAUUUUCUCAAAUAAAGUAAUAAAUAACUUAGUCCUUUUCUUCUAAACUCUUAAUACUGAGACUUAAGUACCCCUGCCCGGAUUCUCUGGCAGUGACCAUCUCCUGACUCUCCUGUGAAAGCCUUCCCACGUCCUUGCCUUGUUUUUGACCCCUGCUCUGCCACUGACCGACCUCACUCUCCUUCCCUCACCCACUCCUCUCAGUUCUGCCCCUCCCUCCCUAGCUUUGGGGGAGUAAGCUGGGUGUCAGGAGCUUUGGGAGUCAAAAGGGCUGAGGUGAGGCCCCAGCUCUGCUGCCUCCAACCGUGUAGCUCUGGGCAAAGGAACUGCUCCUGCCUCUUCCCUCAUCUCUUAAAUGAGAAGAAUAUUGCCCCACAGGUUUGUUUCAAGAGUUCAAAGAGAAGAUAAACUGACGUGCUCAUAAAUGGGUCCUUCCUUCGCCCUCUGGAGGAUGUUCAGGGGAGUUACGCUUCAAAUAUUCUAAAAGACUCAUUUAUCCUGGUGUCUCUUGUGGCAAUUUCUAAUUGGAUGAUGUUUUGUGCCUGUCACACUAGGUCCACUUCUUAACAUAUCUAGCUCAUACGAUAAUACUAUGAGGUAGGUGUCCUCUUAUUAUCCCGACUUGAUGAUGUGAAAACUGAAACUGAGAGAGGCUCAGUUCUCAGAAUUCUGAGAAUCCCCAGCUCAGAGCAGGGACUGUCUCAGGUCUCCUGACCUCAGAUCCCAAGGCUGCCUAAAUGGAUGAGUAGAGCUCUGGUGCUGUGCCAACCUUUCUGUUCCUACAGUGAUAAAACUAUGCUUUUCUCAUAUUGAAAACUUUUGCAUUUGAUGUCUCAUGCAGACUGUCCUUAGGGAUUUCAAAGAGAAAAUAACGUCUCUACUGGAAUUACUGCUAUGUUUGGAGACAUGGGAGUUUGCUGUUUCAGAUAAUACACUCAUUCUACCGGGAUUAUCUCACUUCACAAAUUAGAGCAUCAUGAUUUCUUGCUAUCUUUGAUUCCAAAGGCCUGGGCCUCAUUAACUAGAUGGUUACAGAUGAAACUUGUCACUGCUGUUGUGCAUUUAUUUGCAAUAAAUAUAGUUCUAAAAUGGGGCAUGCAACAAAUCAAGCCAUCAUAAAUAGAUGAUCACAUGUCAGGGUCCUCCUAAGUUGCAGAUUUGCUAUACACUUGAAUAUCACUACCAUACAAAUAGUGAGUGAAAAGAGUGAAAUAAGUGAGGUACAUGAUUUCACAGAUAAGUGAUUUCAUGGCCCUGAAGAGCAGGGCAUUGAACUUCAAAGUUCUGAUGGCAGAAUAAAGACUACCUCAUUUCUUCCGACAAUUUGGCAGCUGUAAAAAACCCUUUGAAUAAAUAAUUUCACUUGUGGGAACCUAGCUUAAGAAACACAAUGACAGCAAUGUUUUAUUGAGUAACUACUAUGUCCUAAGCACUGUGCCAGAUGCUGAAGGUACAAAGAAAAGUAAAAUACAUCUCUGGUUUCAAGACGGCAGCAGACAGACCAUGCUGUAUUCUUAACCUCUACAUUUAAUCCUAGAAGAGGAAGAGAGGGAGAAAGACCAUAUAAGAUGUCCAAUAUGCUUUCUUGAAGAACAUGUACG